AUGAAUGAAGAAAUUUUAGAUAAUUUAUAAGCAGUUGAAGAUGAUGAUGAUGUUUCUAAUUUCCCUUAAUUUUAAUAAAAAUAAAUUGCAGAAUUCAUUAAAAAAAUCAUGAAUGACAAUAUAAUAGCACAAAAAGCUUUUAGAGAUAAAUUUAAUAGAUGUUUAACUCUUUUUGUAUUUUAUUUGAGUCAUAUGUAUUAAAAUGAAUAAUUAAAGGAUAUCAUUAAUGAAAGAAGAAAACAGAAAGAAAAAAAAUGAGAAAAAGAGAGUCUAAGUAACAAAAGAAGAUAUUAUAAUGACUUUAAAAGCAAUUGAUUUUUAAGAAAUAGCUGAAACUCUUGAAAGUAUGAAAAUAAAUUUAUAUGAUUAGAUAUUAAAAUAUUACAAACCUCUUAAGAAAAUGUGAUGUAAUAAGAGAAUUUUUAAGAUUAAGGAUUAGAAGAUAAUGAAAUGCGGGAAAUAUAAAAUUUUGAAAAUUUAGAAGAUGAGUAAAAAGAUGAAGAAAAUAAUGAUAAUUAAUAGUAGGAUUAGAAUGUUUAAGAAUAAGUUGAGUAAGUUGAUGAAGAUAUUGAAGAUGAAAAUAAUUAAAUUGUUGUAAAUGACGAUUAGUAAUAAUGA